AUGAGUGGAGUUUCUCCAUCUAUAUCCUUUGCUUCUUUAUCAGCUCCAACAGAGAUAAGAUAUUUAACAACUUCAAGUCGACCUUUUCUUGAUGCAAGAAUGAGUGGAGUUUCUCCAUCUAUAUCCUUUGCUUCUUUAUUAGCUCCAACAGAGAUAAGAUAUUUAACAACUUCAAGUCGACCUUUUCUUGAUGCAAGAAUGAGUGGAGUUUCUCCAUCUAUAUCCUUUGCUUCUUUAUUAGCUCCAACAGAGAUAAGAUAUUCAACAACUUCAAGAUGA